GCUCUAUAAUACUGUGUAGUCCACAGCAAUCUGUUUCUCGUAACUCCCGAUAUGAAAUAGUUUUAACUGUCAAUACUCCUGUAGUUUAGAGCAUAGAGAUGUUUUCUACAUAAUUUUAUAUAGUAUUACGAAAAAUUAUUCUAAGCAUAAACAAAUGAAGUUUUUGUUCUUCACAGUCUUACUUCUACUGUAUGUCGGUCAUUGUAUGUCAGCUAAUAUAUUGGCAUUUUUGCCUACAUUUGCUAGAAGUCACUAUGGCGGUUUCCAACCACUGUUGAAGGAACUAGCCCUACGAGGUCAUAAUGUUACCGUUUUAUCACAUUUUGCUCUCAAAAAUCCACCACCAAACUAUCACCAUAUUGAUGUUUCAAUAAAAGAAAGACAAGACAAUAAUUUUAGCAUGUUAUCUAUUGCACCAUACCUAAAGCCAUUGGUUAUUCCUAUUGGAACUUUGUUUUUUGGAAGUCAAAUAACAUUAGAAACAUUAAACAAUACAAAAGUUAAAGAAUUUAUUCAUUCAGAUGGCUAUCAGUUUGAUGUUGUAAUUUUUGAAAACUUUCAACAUGAAUGCUUUGUUUCAAUGAGCCAUAAAUUUGGUGCACACGCUAUCCAACUAUUCCCAGCUACACCAACUGCUUUUCCUUCACAAUGGUAUAGUCAACCUUUUAAUCCAUCUUACAUUCCAGAUCCAAAUUCUGGGUACAAAGAUCAUAUGACUUUAUUUGAGCGAACUAUAAAUUUCCUUGUAAUGUGCCUUCAAUUUUUUCUGUUUCCAAUAUUUUAUAUGCCCAAACAAAAUGAAAUUAUGUUGAAUUAUUUUAAUUAUACUGGUUCAGAAUCUAGACCAUCGUUGGAAGAAAUGAUGAAAAAUGUAUCAUUAACACUAAUAAACACACACUUUACUUUAGGAACAGCCAGGCCGCUUGUUCCAAGUUUUAUAGAAGUUGCAGGAAUGCAUUUAAAGCCUUCUUCAAAAUUACCUAAAGACUUAGGAGAGCUUAUGGAUAACUCACCUGAUGGUGUUGUGUAUUUUAGUUUUGGAUCUGUUGUCAAAGGUAGUCAUUUGCCCAUGCAUCAAGUAGAAAUGUUCUUGCGUCAACUAGGCCAAAUCAAGCAAAAGGUCUUAUGGAAAUGGGAAUCUGACGAUUUACCAGAAUUGCCAUCAAAUGUAAUAGUUAGAAAAUGGUUCCCACAAGUUGACAUUCUUGGGCACCCUAAUUGUGUACUUUUUAUCACUCAUGGAGGUAUACAUAGUGUCGAAGAGGCGGUUUACUAUGGAGUUCCAAUGUUGGCCAUAUCUAUUUUUGGAGAUCAACUGUAUAACUCGAUAAUGAUGGAAUCUAGAGGAGCUGCUAUACGAUUAAAGUACACAGAACUUACUGAAAAUCGCUUUGAAAAUAAUUUACAUGAAAUUCUUAGUAAUACAUCGUACAAAGAAAAUGCAAUAAAAUUAUCUAAAAUAUUUCAUGAUCAACCAAUGAAACCGUUGGAUAAAGCAGUUUACUGGAUUGAAUAUGUUAUACGCCAUGAUGGUGCCCAUCAUCUGAAAACUGCUGGAAAUAAACUUAAUUGGUUCCAGUUUAUGUCAAUUGAUGUUGUGUUUGUGCUCAUAAUUUCUAUAUUUUUAAUUUUAAUUAUUUUUUUUUAUGCUAUAAAAAAUAUUUAUAAAUUGGUCACUGAGUUUCGCAACUACAAUACAGAAACUAAUGAUGAUAAAAAAGAUAAAUAA